AUGGCGACCAACCACCAGCCAAAACAUUUUGUUGCAGUUCAUGGUUCAUGCCAAGGAGCUUGGAUCUACUAUAAGCUUAAAACCCUUAUAGAGAUCGCCGGCCAUCGUUUCACGUCGGUCGACCUCGCCGCCUCCGGGAUCAACGAGAAGAAGCUGAAUGAGGUUCGGACCCUACAUGACUACACUUUGCCGUUGUUGGAUGUUUUGGCAUCAAUUCCUGAGGGUGAGAAGGUGAUACUUUUAGGCCACAGUGGUGGUGGCAUGAGCGCAGCUCUCGGGAUGGAGAAGUUCCCGGAGAAAAUAUCAGUGGGUGUUUUCCUCGCUGCUAUAAUGCCGGACACAACACACGGUCCCUCCUAUUUUUUGGAGGAGGAUCUUACAUUGGCAAAGACAUUUGUGAGGCCUGGUUCGAUAUAUCUAGAGGACUUGUCGACAGCACCAAAGUUCUCGAAGGAGAGGUACGGAUCAGUUAAGCGAGUCUAUAUUGUAUGCAAGGAUGAUCUUGCGAUACCCGAGGAAUUCCAGCGCUGGAUGAUUGAAAUAGUCGGAGCGACGGAGGUGAAAGAAAUCAAAGGCGCAGACCAUAUGGCAAUGCUCUCAAAGCCAAAAGAACUCUCUCAUUGCCUCUUAGAGAUAGCCAAGAAGUACGAUUAG